GGGCAGUCCCCCAACACCAUGCAAACAGAAACAGUGCUUUGAUAAGAAGUGUCUAGUGCCUCGACUUGUGGAUUUCAGAUCUUUGCCAUCAUCUCUCGACCAUCUCUCCACAAACAUAUCGAAAACCCCACACACAAAGCUAAAAUGCAGCAAGAAGGCCCAUCAACCGCGAACAUCGCAGCCGCAUGCGCCCUGAUGGGAGGCGUAACAGGCUACUUUCUCGGACAGGCCAAAUCAUUGGGUCUGUUUGGCGGCAGUGCUGUUUCUGAGCCUACACUGGAAAAGGGCGAGAAAGAGGAGGAUUCAGACUCCAGCGAUGAGGACAAUGAAGAGGAAGACGACACAGCGCCUGCUGAAUUCCCAGGUCACACUGAGGAAUGCAAGAUGGUGCUGGUGGUAAGGACAGACUUGGGCAUGACUAAAGGCAAGAUUGGUGCGCAGUGCGGUCACGCAACAUUAGCCUGCUACAAGCACUUCCUUCGACACGCCCCAGACUCAGCUAUCCUCAAGCGAUGGGAGCGACUCGGUCAGGCAAAGGUGGCACUACAGGUCAAGGGUGAGGAGGAGCUGGAGAUACUACAGGCUCAGGCAGUGAGCUUGGGGCUGGUGGCACAUAUCAUCCAUGACGCAGGUCGAACUCAGAUCGCGAGCGGCAGCGCGACGGUGCUGGGCAUUGGGCCUGCGCCAAAGGGAGUGAUAGACCAGGUCACCGGCCAUCUGAAGCUGCUGUAGAUACCAUGCAUCGUUCACUCAGCAUGCAUAGACAUUCACUUCACAGAAGGAAACGAGGCGUGUUCGGUAUGUAGCCAACUGGGUUUGUCCCAAGCGUCAUGGGCCGACGGCCUAGCAAAAGGGAACAGGAAUCAGUCUGCCUGGCACGCGCCUUCCACCGAGCUCAAACCCGAAGGUGAACUCAGGCCUCUAGCAACGCGCCGACUUGCUCUCCAACCUGUCGUCCGGAAAUUGACAUCAUGGGGAUUUGAUGGCUCCAUAGAACGGACGAACUGCCAGCUCUCAACCGAACACGCCCCGAAAGACGGACGGGAAAACUGGCACAGGUCGUUGGUGAGAGAAGCUUGAGGGAGACGCGUAGAAAUUUAUUUUGUACCCUCGCGGAAGUGGAGCCGGCUAGUAGCUAGUGGCUUGGCAAUGUAUCCGCUC